AUGGCUAGUUGGGUAGACUUUUUUUCUCUCAUCGCGACAAUCACAGUAUUCGGAGGCGUGAUAUACGGGAUACUCUACGUGGUCAAGUCUAUCAAUGAAGGAUUAUCAUCGACGCAAGCUUCAUUGAAGUCAAAGGGGCUAGACGUGUCGAGUACGGGUGUCUCUGUGAAGACUUCGAAGCGAUUUGGGAGGGAGGACUAUGUUGAUGCGACACAGCGUGGUAUCGUAAAGGCCAUGGGUGCAUCCUCUUUCCGCAGGGCCGACUCGUCUACUACUUCAUCUGCUACAUCACCUCCACAAAUAAAUCGCACAGACUCUUCUGCCAGCCUCAAAAGCUCAGCAAGUAAUGAGGAAAAGAAGAAAAAGAAAAGCCUGUUUGGCAAGAAGUAG